UUAGGCCCAGUCUUAAACCCCCUUUCAAAUCCCAUAGCCCAUCUAUUUUUCAAAAAAUAAAACCCAGCCCACUCUCCCUCAAAUCCCAACGCACGUAACCCUAAAACCCUUGCCCUAUUCAUCAUCAUGUAUAAAUUAGAACAAUAGUUCAUUGUUUCCUUUAACAAUUCAUUCCACAAUGUUUCGGUUUUGGUGGGCGUAGCCAGUGGUGGAACGACGGCUAUCCGCUAAGGCCCGCCUAAGAUCUCUUAAUCUGAGGCCCCUCACCUUCCAUUCCGAACCGUAACUGAAUCCGUAUUCCGACCCCGUCGCGAUGCAUUCUCUAUUCCACGGUCAUGUACACCAUCUCGUCGGUUCGCCUAUUCUGGUAAUCUGCUUACUAUACAAUCUCGUCCGUUCGCGUAUUCUGGUAAUCUGCUUACUCGGUUUCGUUCUUUGGCUUCUGCUAAUCCCAUGAGUUAUCUUAUGCAUUCAUCUCCUCUUGGGGUUAUGUUUCAUUCGAGUACUUAUGCGCUUUUCACCACUGGUAUGUCUUGGGAUCGCCGUCUCUGUGCUGUUUCUACACAGUUUAGUGUUCUUUGCUUCUAUUCCCCUCGUUGUUUGUUUUCUGCGGUCAUAUUUUCUCAUGGUUUUUGUUCCCAAUGCUAUGAUGAUUCUGAUGUUUUGUCCAAGUAUUCCCUGGAAAAGUUACUUCCUACCCAAAAUUCAGUUCUGGUUUUUGGUAACUUCCCAACCUACAUAAUAGAGGAAAGGGAGAAAAACUCUAGCUUGGUCCCCUAGGAAUAAAGUUCCAAACCGCUUUUUCAUUCAUAAUCAUAGGUUGGAAAAUGCUCCUAAAACUCCUAAUCCUGCUGCUUCUGAUCCUAAUGCCCCUGAGUCUUAACUGGAGUUUUUUGAGGGUCAUCCUGGACUCAUGUCAUUUGAGAUUGAAGUUCUUGCUGGUGUUGCAUGAUCUUGUUGUGGAUGAGCUUUGUAGUAUCCCUGUGGAUGAUAUUAUGCCACUGAGCAGGCUGGUAUCAUAUUUCGACUUUGAUUGCAUCAUCUAUCUUUAUCAUAAUAAAGGCUCUGUAAUCCUGCGAAUCCGGGAGAUCCACAUCCCGUUUUCAGCAUCUGGGGUCCUAUUGAGGACACCUACUGCAGUAUCUAAGUGUACAGUCAAAUUUUGA